AUGAAUCGAUUUAGUACUCAAAAUACUCAAGGUACUCAGGACGAUGAGAAUUUUUCUUUUUUGGAAUAUUCCGGGGGAGAUACUCAAGCUUCGCAAUAUGAUUAUGACUUUUCACUUGAAUCUCAACAAACCAAUACUUUUCUCGACGGCUCGCAGUCUCAAUUCGUUGAGCCAGAUUUAUCCGGUGUAGGUGUUGACGAAUUAGACGCGUUCCAAGACCUUGCUAUUGUUGAAAGAGAAUUACCGGAACACUCAUGCAGGUAUUGCGGUAUACACGCAGUAAAUUCGGUAGCCAGAUGCGUGACCUGUAACAAAUGGUUUUGUAAUUCUCGCGGAAAUACCUCUGGUUCUCAUAUAAUCAAUCACCUUGUUCGGGCAAAACAUAAGGAAGUCGCUUUGCACCCGGAAUCGCCACUUGGCGAAACGACGUUGGAAUGCUAUAAUUGUGGCUGCAGGAACGUCUUUUUAUUAGGAUUUAUUCCGGCUAAGAGUGACACGGUUGUGGUAUUGCUUUGUCGGCAACCUUGUGCUGCAAUGCCUAGCAGUAAAGAUAUGAAUUGGGACACCUCUCAGUGGCUUCCUCUCAUUGAUGAUCGUUGCUUUCUUCCAUGGCUUGUUAAAGUACCUAGCGAACAAGAACAACUUCGAGCUCGUCAGAUCACUGCACAUCAAAUUAAUAAGCUCGAAGAAUUGUGGAAAGAUAAUACGGAAGCAACUCUUGAAGAUUUAGAAAAACCUGGUAUUGAUGAUGAAGCACUACCUGUUUUAUUGAGAUACGAAGAUGCCUAUCAAUAUCAAAAUAUUUUUGGACCUUUGGUAAAGAUGGAAGCUGAUUAUGACAAGAAAUUGAAGGAAUCUCAGACUCAGGACGAUAUUGUAGUACGAUGGGAUGUUGGGUUAAAUCAAAAGCGCAUUGCUUGGUUCUACUUACCAAAACUUGAAUCAGGGGAGGUUCGUUUGGCUGUCGGCGAUGAAUUGAGACUUCGUUAUCGUGGUGAAUUGCAUCCAUCAUGGGAGUGCGUCGGUCAUGUAAUAAAAAUACCAAACAAUGUAAGUGAUGAAGUUGGCUUGGAGUUGCGUCGUAGCGAUAAUACUCCAGUAGAAUGUACGCAUAAUUUUUCAGUAGAUUUUGUGUGGAAAUCCACUAGUUUUGAUAGAAUGCAAGCUGCAAUGAAAACAUUUGCUGUAGACGAAACCUCAGUUAGCGGUUAUAUCUAUCACAAGCUUUUAGGUCAUGAAGUAGACCCCCAAGUCCUGAGAACACAAAUGCCAAAAAGAUUUUCUGCUCCAAACUUGCCAGAAUUAAAUCAUUCACAAGUAUAUGCAGUAAAAAGCGUUUUGCAAAAACCUCUCAGUCUCAUUCAAGGUCCUCCCGGUACUGGUAAAACUGUUACUUCAGCCACCAUUGUUUAUCAUCUCGCCAAGAUGAAUCCUGGUCAAGUUUUAGUUUGCGCACCAUCAAAUGUUGCUGUAGAUCAGUUAACCGAAAAGAUACAUGCAACUGGACUCAAAGUAGUUCGUCUCACCGCAAAAUCUCGUGAGGCACUUGAUUCUCCUGUAUCGUUUCUCACAUUACAUGAACAAGUGCAAAAUAAUGAUACUCAUGUCGAACUGCAAAAAUUAAUACAGCUCAAGACAGAACAAGGAGAAUUGAGCAGUUCUGAUGAAAAAAAAUACAAGAUGUUGAAACGUGCAUGUGAAAGAGAAAUUUUGCAGAAUGCCGAUGUCAUUCUUUGUACAUGUGUGGGUGCUGGUGAUCCACGUUUAUCAAAAUUCAAAUUUCGCACCGUUUUAAUUGAUGAAGCUACACAGGCAACUGAACCUGAAUGUAUGAUACCGCUUGUGUUAGGAUGUAAACAAGCUGUUCUCGUCGGUGAUCAUCAACAGCUUGGCCCUGUAAUAAUGAAUAAAAAAGCUGCUAGAGCAGGAUUGUGUCAAUCACUUUUUGAACGCUUAGUUAUUUUGGGUAUAAGGCCUAUUCGACUACAAGUUCAAUAUCGUAUGCAUCCUUGUUUAUCAGAAUUUCCUAGCAACAUGUUCUAUGAAGGUUCUUUACAGAAUGGAGUUACUACUCAAGAUAGAUUGAGAAAACACGUGGAUUUUCCUUGGCCAGCCCCGGAGACUCCCAUGUUUUUCCAUUCAAAUCUAGGCCAAGAGGAAAUUUCAAGCAGUGGAACUUCCUAUCUGAAUCGUACGGAGGCUUCAAAUUGCGAGAAAGUUGUCACAAAGUUCUUAAAAUCAGGAAUUUUGCCGGCUCAAAUAGGAAUAAUUACUCCAUACGAAGGUCAAAGGAGUUAUGUUGUUAGUUAUAUGCAAUUUAAUGGCUCUUUAAGAAAGGAAUUAUAUAAAGAAAUCGAAGUAGCAAGUGUUGACGCUUUUCAAGGACGUGAAAAAGAUUAUAUAAUAUUGAGUUGUGUCCGAAGCAAUGAACAUCAAGGAAUAGGGUUUUUAAAUGAUCCUAGAAGAUUGAACGUUGCUUUAACUCGGGCACGUUAUGGUGUUGUAAUUUUAGGUAAUCCUAGGGUUCUAAGCAAGCACCCUUUAUGGCACCACCUUCUUGUACAUUAUAAAGAUAAAAAUUGCUUAGUGGAAGGUGCAUUAAAUAACUUAAAAAAGAGUAUGAUACAAUUUAGACCUCAUAGAACUUAUCGAAAGGAUGAAAAGUUUAGGCAAGGUUUAGUACACCAAGUUGAUGCGCGCGAAGCAUUUGCCAAAGCUCCUCUUGCUAGCGAAAAUCGUCGUGGUAGUCGUGCUUAUGACUCAGAUUUCAUGAGGACACAUGAUCCCGUUGGCUACAUUCCUUCUGAUAUGAACUCCAUUCCAUCAUCAUCUCAUUUCAGCAUUCCCUUACUUCCAACACCAAACGGACCAUUUACCCAAGAUUUAUCACAGAGUAGUGUUUCUAGCAGGAAAAACGCAAAACAACAAAAUUCUUCUUAUGGCGGGUAUACCAAUUCAAUUUCAUCUCAAGGUCCAUUAACUCAAAACGCAUAUAGUAGUCAAGGAUCUAUGAGCCUCGCACUAUCUCAGUCUGAUCGGCUUCGUAUGAUGGAGAACCCAACUUCUUUAAGCCACGGCUCCCUAAUGUCACAAGAUAGUUCGAUUGGAUAUUUGGACGAUUACAAAAGUCAAGGAAAUGAUACUAUUUUAAGUCAAGACUUCGAGAUUCGGUCUCAAACGGGAUGCUAG